GAUGUGGUUUGGUGUGGUGUGAGGUGCUGUGCUGGUUAUCCGUGAUUGGUGUGAAAAUGAAUAAUAUACGUAGCUGCAGGAUCGACGAGGAACGCAAUGUGACAUCAGUCCGAGGGAGAGAGGAGAAGAAAAACUCAUUCCCUGGGUCUUGCUUCGACGCAAGUGUUCUCUCUCUUUUUUCUCUCUUUCUCGCCCCAUCUUGCGUCUGUAAACUACGCAAGCGCUGGAACCUCGACCGAACCGGGAAGGCGUUUCUUAUAAAAUUUGCCGAGUCUACGGCGUUUGAUUGCCCUGUCAUGUCAACGCACGACAGAUGUCGCUGAGAUGUAGCGAAGUCCGGCUUUGUAUGGUCAGGUAUUAUCCGUAUGUGUGAUUUUUUCUCCUUCGAGAGGAAGACAGCACUUCGACGAAGAAAGUCGGGACCUGGGAUCUCAAAUCUGUCUGUUGUACAUAUGUAACCUAAGAAAUCGAAGAGUGUAUGUAUGUAUCAGAUCGAUUGACAGAAUCGAGAAGAGAGGGGAAUGGACACAACUGCUGCUGCAGAGUUAGGAGGUGGAGUUGUCGAGGGAGGGGUCGGGUACUGGGAUUCCGGAGUAGAAGCAGACGGAGGAUGGAAUGACAAAGGGACGGCAGGUCAAUCUGCAGCCUCGUGGGCAAACGGGGCUGAAGGAGGAGCGGGAGGGGGUCAUGGCCGAGGGAGUCGACCUGCUGCAGAGAACGAGCCUCCUUUCAAAAGGAUGAAGAAUAUGGGAGGGGCAGAUGGAGCACCUUAUGGACCCGGAUCUGGAAACUUUAACAACAACGGUUCAGGUUCCAACGCUGGGCAUGGUGGAAAUGCCGGAGGCUUCGGUCCAGGCCCCGGAGGCAGCCCGAGCUUGAAAGGUUAUGGAUCAGGAGGAAUAGGACCCUCCCCAGGGACUCCGAGUGGAGACUCUGUGGCAGGUUCCAGCCAAGGGCAGCAAGCUGGAGCGUCGAGAGGUAGAGGAAUGGGGAGCAUAUUUUACAAGACUAAGUUGUGCAGCAGAUUCAGGAACGGUAAUUGUCCUUACAACACAAAUUGUAAUUUUGCGCAUGGUAUGGAAGAGCUUCGUAAACCACCUCCUGGCUGGGAAGAUGUGGUUGCUGCCCAAGAGGGCGGAGGAGGAGGGGCUGCUGCCCCCUCUGCAGCUACUCAGCCGUCUGUCCAGGGUUCGAAUGGAGGGAAUGGAGAACGAACGGGCGGUGUUGGAGCAGGAAGAGGAGGAGGAGGAGGAGGAGGAGGAGGAGGAGGGGGGAACGCAGUUGGAGACGGAGUAAAUAUCUCUGAUAUGCAAAGAUUUCAUAAGACUCGUCCUUGCAAGAAGUAUUUCAGUGAACUGGGGUGCCCGUAUGGAGAUAGAUGUAAUUUUCUGCAUGAUGAGCAGACUCCACAACCUAAGGUCCCGAGAGAAAGUGUAGUAAUUACUGUGGCAUCUAGUGCUGGUGCAUCAGGGAGUGGUGGUGGUGGUGGUGUGGGAGGUGUAGCUGGAGGAACCGCGAACCUACGGCCUCCAAACUGGAAAACCCGUUUGUGCAAUAAGUGGGAAACCACGGGAAACUGUCCAUUUGGGGACAAAUGUCACUUUGCACACGGUACAGCAGAGCUGCAAAAAUACGGUGGAGGUCCGUUUGACCCUACUGCCGAAAUGGGUUCCGGAGUUCAAGUUGAUAGCAAGUUCGUGUUGAACCAGUCCAGUAACUUUCUUGACGGCGAUGAUGUCUUCUUUUCAUCUUUCGGCGAUGGCUAUGGUCAAGUAAUGAACGUACGGCAAUCAACCGCUGCAUCUAUACAGCAAAAUUCGAGGCUGAACCAGGGGCCCGGAGUAGGAUAUAAGUCUCUGGGAGGCUGGAAAGGACCAACAGAUAGAAUCUCUACCAUAUACGGAGACUGGGUAGAGGAUGAAGAGUGGGAACAAUCACCAGUGCAUGUUAUCAAGUCUGCUCAGCAGCAAGUACAACCCAAUCAAGCAUAUCAAGAGGCAGCUGACUAUCCACAAAGUGAGAUCGGUCCCACUAGGGACAGGGGAGGCUUGAGCACAUCUUAUGGUAUGUACAGCAAUGGCCAGGAAGUAACAGGCCAAAAGUCCAGUCUUAACCAAGGCAAUGGGUUUACAAGUUCUUCAAGAGUUACACGGCUUCAUGCUCAAGGUCUUCAGGGGGCUGAUAUGGCUUAUGCUGCGCAGGAGCGUGGUUCUGACAAUCAUUACAAUGGGACACAGGGCUGGGGAGGAGAGCUGUAAGUGAAAUUUUGUUUUUCUUUACACGACGGUCGUGGGCAUCUUUCUGUAAUCCCUCCCUACCCCUCAACUGCUUUGAUUUACUGCUUUUAAUCCUGGUUUUGGUAGGCCAGCUUCUUGGUCUACCUUCUUGAUCAAUAUUUGAAGAGCUGUAUAUCAACUCAAAAUGUGAGUUGAGGCAGUGUCACAUGGUCGGAGCUAAUCAAAGAGAAAAAGGUGAAGGCACAGAGGUGAUUCGUGAUGAUGGAGGUGUCUUGACUUGUCUCACACUGCACAGCAGUCUCCUCGUGGUGAUCCUCAAGUUGUCGUUUACGUGCUGUCGUUGCUUGACAUGUUACAGAGUGUCACAUUGCGCAGCUAUGAUGUCAUGAUGGUCGUACAUGUAGUGUAUUUUAGGAGGCAGCAUAUUGAAUCUACCAAGUCAUGACAAUUCUGGCAUCGAUAAAAGUUAUCAUCACGUGUAUUAGGUGGGCGUUUUAUCUCUCGAUCUAGAUUCUGCGGGACUAAAAGUUAUCAGUCAUUGAAUCGUUGUCAACGAUCCCUCGAUCUUGUUUUCCUUGGUUCAUGUAAAUUCCCUCGCGGCGUUCUCAAGACUGGUUGGGAUUUGCUUCUGGAAACCGCCAACAUCUAUUGACAUAUAUCAAGGACUCGUAGCUGUUCAGCAUGUCAUUGUUCCAGAGAGCAGAAGCCCGUAAAGAAAAUCCUGCACGAUCGACAGAGUAGUAUCUGAAGUAUACGAACAAGAGUCUCCUGGCAGAACCUUUAUACGUUUCAGGUUUCUAGGUAUGAUUGUGUUGGGCUGCUACAAAGGAGGAGCCACCACGAAGGUAAAGUUGAUUACACCCUUGAAAUGCCAUCAUGUGAUCAUCGUAAGCAGAUCAUUAAAUUUCUGUGCCGGUGGCUUAAUGAUAUCUUACACAUAGAUCACUGCCCCCGUAUUGUUGUCACGGGUGUAAUCUAGGCGUAGAGUCAGCACGAAAGGUGAAGUAUAAAAUUCUACGUUUCCAGUGUUGAAUGUGUGCAUUCUGUCAUUUCCAGAUCAGAUACUGCAUUACGGAGGGGAACUCAGUGUGCUUUAAAAAAUGUCGGAGCUGCCCGAGAUUACUUACCAGACUUCAAUAUUUGAACUAGUUUAUUGUGUGAGGUUACGGACUUCACAUGUCUGCCUAGAUGACAGCUUUGGUUGUCGAAGCCCCUAUGUUUAAAUGUUUAUUUGACCUUCAUAACGCCCUAGGACUCUGUUGUCUUAAAAAACGUGGAAAUUGCCCAACUUGGAUCUACAUCAAGGCUCCACAAACGGCCUGACAAGGACAACGACGUUUUCUAAGGUGGUCAGAUAUGGAGGUCAUCGCAGUGAAGCCCUAUCAUUUAUGUGAAGUAGGGGCCGAGAUUCUUCACCUCCACACUGUCGGCAGCAUAUCUGGCCGAUUCGCUUUGACACUUGUUACCCAGCGGACAGCACCACCUCCAGGAGAUUCCUUUUCUGCAAUGGAGGUCUGCAACCUAUUGAAUCACACCGCCAUGUACGCUUCUAUUUUGGGAAAUAAGGUUUUGUCCACAAGAACUUUCUACCCCGAAGUGCAUGCGGUAUGAUCCCUGGGACCAUAUACAGUACGACAUCGACUUUACGACGCAUUAUGGUGUUGCCAGACUACAUAACAACGAGGACCAUGGACCAUGCAGGCAACGCUAGCAAAUAUGAGAAUUCAAGAAGCUCUC